AUGGGUGCCCCGACCGACGAAGCCACCAAGCUCAAGGACCAGGGCAACAAUGCCUUCAGGAACCAGGAAUGGGACAAUGCCCUUGAGUUCUACACCAAAGCGAUAGAGGCCUACAACGCAGAGCCCUCGUUCUACACCAACCGCGCACAAACAUACAUCAAGCUCGAACAGUAUGGAUACGCUAUACAAGACGCCGACACGGCGAUUGAAUUGGACCCAAACAACGUCAAGGCAUACUACCGCCGCGCCUCAGCGAAUACCGCCAUCCUCAAGCACCGUGAAGCGCUGCGCGACUGGAAGCUCGUCGUCAAGAAAGCCCCCAACGAUGCCAACGCAAAGCUGCGCAUGGCCGAGUGCGACAAGGUCGUCAAGCGAGACGCCUUCCUCAAAGCCAUCGAGGUCGAAGAUGCGCCGUCGGCAGCAGAGGGUCUAGACUUGGAACACAUGGCCGUAGACCCCUCAUACGAUGGCGCAAAGCUCGGAGACAAGAUGACAUUGGAGUUUGUCGAAGACAUGAUUGAGCGAUUCAAGAACGGCAAGAAGCUGGCCAAGAAAUACGUCUACCAGAUCAUCAUCGCCGUCAUGGACAUUGUCAAGAAGGAGCCCACCAUGGUCGAGCACGAUGUCGAAGAUGGAAAAGAGAUCACCGUCUGUGGUGAUACUCACGGCCAAUUCUUCGAUCUCAUGAACAUCUUCAAUCUCGCCGGCAAGCCCUCCGAAAAGAACGCGUUCCUCUUCAACGGCGACUUCGUCGACCGAGGCUCUUGGUCCACCGAGAUCGCCCUGCUGCUUUACGCCUACAAAUGGCUAUACCCCGAUAGCUUCUUCCUGAACCGCGGAAACCACGAGACGGACGACAUGAACAGGAUGUACGGUUUCGAGGGUGAAUGCAGGGCGAAAUACACCGAGCGAGUCUUUAAGCUGUUCUCGGAGUCCUUCUCCGCGCUUCCUCUUGCCACCCUCAUCGGUAAGAAGUACUUUGUGCUUCACGGUGGCUUGUUCUCGGACGACAAGGUCACGUUAGAUGACGUGCGAAAGCUCGACCGAUUCAAGCAGCGUCAACCGGGACAAUCUGGGCUCAUGAUGGAGAUGCUUUGGACCGACCCGCAAACGAACCCAGGCCGUGGACCCAGCAAGCGCGGUGUCGGUCUGCAAUUUGGUCCCGAUAUCACCAAGCGCUUCUGCGAGAACAACGGCCUCGAGGCUAUCAUUCGGUCGCACGAAGUACGCAUGGAGGGUUACGAAGUCGAGCACGAUGGACGCUGUAUCACCGUCUUCUCGGCGCCCAACUACUGUGACAGCACCCACAACAAGGGCGCAUUCAUCAAGAUCGGCCCAGAGUACAAGCUCAAGUUCACCCAGUUCGACGCUGUUGCGCAUCCAAACAUCAAGCCAAUGGCAUACGCAUCAAGUGGCAUGGCCGGUAUGAUCUAA